AUGGACAUUAGCAGCUUGGAAUUAGCGGACGAGAAAUCUUCUGGUACUUUUAACGACGACGAGGCCGAAUACAAGAACGGGGAGCCAAUCAUCACAACUGGACGCGAUGUGUCUCGCUUCGCCGUGGAUAUUCGUGAUGAUGGCGAUGCUGCGCUGACGUUUAGGUCUAUUGUUAUUGGAACGGUGUUCGCUGGCCUUGGGGCAGCACUUUCUCAGGCAAAGCCUUUUUUUAUUUACUUGUUUAAACCAGUGCAGAUGUCUGUCUCGACGGUUUUCCUCCUUUUGCUCAUUUAUUCUGUUGGAAAUUGUUACGCCAAGCUCCUUCCAAGGCGCAGUCUAGUGGUCGGGACGAGGUUUGAGGCAUUGGCAUCAAUUAUCGGUUUUAUCAACCCAGGAGAUUUCACGCUCAAAGAGCACGUAGUUGCCUCUCUCGUCGCAUCUACAGCGGCCAGCAGCAGUUCCGCCGUCCAGAACUUCGCCGUUCAACGACUUUAUUAUGACACCAAUGUCCACGCCACUACCGCCGUGCUCGCUACGUUUUCAACAGCUUGCUUUGGGUAUGGAAUUGUUGGCCUUCUACGUCCUUUGACUGUCUACCCUUCUGAGAUGGUCUAUUGGUUUAAUUUACCCACAGUCUCGGUGUUUCAAGCUUUGCAUUUUGACACUACCGCCAACUUGAAGCGUGUCAAGCUUUUCUGGUCUGUUUUCUUCGGCAUGUUUGUCUAUGAAAUCAUCCCCGCCUACAUAUUUCCUUUGUUGAAUGGCUUCAAUGUCGUCUGUCUCGCCACUCAGAAAGCUCCGCAGGGAGCCGUCGACGUCAUUACAAAUCUCUUCGGUGGAUCGGACGGUAACGAAGGGCUAGGCCUGUUAAGUUUCUCCUUUGAUUGGCAGUAUAUCGGUUCUGGGUACAUGAGCCUGCCACUUAUCCAGCAAGCCAACUCAUGGGUCGGAUAUUUCUUUUGUUAUAUCGUGAUCAUGGGUAUCUAUUAUUCCAACACCUGGAACUCUCGGAGUUUUCCCAUGCUGUCUACGUCGAUCUUCUCUUCUAAUGGAUCCAUCUACCACCAGUCUGCUGUUUUUGGAGAGCAGUUUCAACUCAACAAGACUGCGUUGGCAGAGAUUGGGCUCCCAGCGUUGACUGGGUCAAAUGCGUGGUCAAAUUUAACGCAGAACCUCGCUAUAGGCGGCCUAAUUGCGCAUGUCGUUUUGUUUUGGGGCGCAUACGCAAAAGAUUCUUUCAAGCUCGCGUAUAAUGGGAGUCAGCCAGAUCCCCAUUUCCAGGCAAUGAAGAAAUACAAAGAAGCGCCUUGGUGGUGGUAUGUAGUUUUACUAGUUUUGUCUUUCUUCGCUGGCUUGAUCGUUGUCUUCAAAGGCGAGACUACGCUGCCAUGGUGGUCAUAUAUCAUCGCGUUGAUGCUAGGAGCCUUCGUGACGCCCUUCUCUACCCUGCUCUAUGCACGCAUGGGAAAUGGAAUUGCUACCAACCAAUUAAUGAAAAUGGUUGCAGGCGCAAUUAAUCCAGGACGGCCAGUUGCAAAUCUUUAUUUUUCUAUGUGGAGUCACGACGUCAUUGCUACCUCCAUCAAUCUAGCCGGAGACUUGAAGAUGGGACAAUACCUCAAAAUUCCUCCCCGCGUCAUGUUUAUCACUCAGGUUUGGGGGACGAUAUUAGGUGCUGCCGUUAAUUACGUGGUCAUGAUUUCCGUUGUCGACGCACAGCGAGACAUCCUUCUCAGUCCGACUGGUACCAAUGUCUGGAGUGGACAGAUUCCACAGGGUCUUAACAGCGCGGCCGUUACGUGGUCACUCGCUAAAGAGCUUUAUGGAUUCAACGGACCUUAUUUUAUAAUCCCGAUGAGCUUACUUGUUGGUAUGGCCGCAACGACUAUCCAUUGGCUUAUUGCAAAGCGAUGGCCCAGGAUCGGAGGAGUUAAAGUUGAUGUUAUAAUUCUGCCCAUCAUCUACCAGUUCUCAUCAAUGUUAGCCUCUGGAGUGAAUUCGACCCUCUUUUCUUCCAUCAUAGUUGGACUUGUCUCCCAACUUUGGCUAAGAAAAUACCAUCCUGGCUGGUACAAGAAGUAUAACUACAUUCUAGGCGGUGCACUAGAUGGUGGUGCUCAAGUCAUGAUUUUCAUUCUGUCUUUUGCCGUGUUUGGAGCGUCUGGGGUGCAGAAGCCGUUCCCUACGUGGUGGGGAAAUCCGGCACAUGGCAACGUCGACUACUGUAACGGUAAUGGCGCCUUGGAUUAGUGAGAGCCUGAGAAGACUAGAAAGAGUCAUCAAGGACCAGGUAUAAGUUCCCAUCGUUCUGAGCGACACCCCCUUUCAUUUUCUUAUCUACUGUAACCGUUGGCUUGUUCAAAUUUAUUUCGCUUAUGGUGGGC